UCUACAAACCAUGGUCCCCACCAGUUGCAGUCCUGCUGGCCUGUCUCUGCUCCCAACCCAACUGCUAUCGGGCUUUAGUUUCAGGUCAGCAAGCUCUAUUUGCUUUCCAAAAAUAAGCCUCUGCCACCAUGCUGAAGGGAGAAAAACAAGAAGGGCGGUAUUUUUAGGGCCAUUAAUUCUGACCACGUGCCCAGGAGGUGAACGGGAUGGCCACGGCACAAAGACCUCUCAUCACUAUGUCCUGCGACGCCGGUGCUCAGCGGACGCUGCCUGCCUUCCUUCUCCUGGGCCUGCUGGCCGGGAUUGCCGCCACACACCCAGCUGUAAGCAGAACUAAUGGCACAUUGCUGGAGAGAGGAUGGCAAUCUCUGCUGUCCAGGUCCAUGGCUGGGAUGUCAGGGGAGAAGGCAGAUGUGAACUGGGAGAGUGACUAUUUGCUAGGAAUCAAGAGGCAGCGGAGGCUUUACUGCAACGUGGGCAUCGGGUUUCACCUUCAAAUCCUCCCAGACGGAAGGAUAAGCGGAGUUCACAAUGAAAACCAAUACAGUCUCUUUGAAAUAUCCACUGUAGAAAGAGGUGUUGUAAGUCUGCUUGGUGUGAAAAGUGCUCUCUUCAUUGCAAUGAACAGCAAAGGCAGGUUGUAUGGGACGGCUGUUUUCCAAGAUGAAUGCAAGUUCAAGGAAACCUUGCUGCCCAAUAACUACAACGCAUAUGAAUCCAAGGUUCACCGCGGCGCUUACAUAGCCCUGAGCAAACACGGCAGGGUGAAGAGAGGGAACAAGGUUUCUCCUGCCAUGACAGUGACCCACUUCUUACCAAGAAUAUGACCACCAGCAAAACAGAAGAUUAAAUCCCAGGACAAACUGUUUCAUUUUGCACAUGGGGAAUAACCUCCCAGGUAAAGUAUUUAUACUGGUCAUUGCAAAAAAAAAAAAAAAAAAGAUAUCUCUAUAUGUAUGUGUAUAUUUGGAUAAAAAUAUUUGUACUAGAUUCAUCACAUAGCAUAUGUAUUACAAUGCUGCUUCUCUCCUACUCUGUACAAAUUUUACAUGGCUGUGUGCCUCCUUUGGUGCUGUACAGAGAAAAAUGCAAGCUGGAGUGCAAAGGAAGUUUUUGGAAGAUGCAGAAUGGCUGUGGACAACCAUCUAAUCAAUCAUAGGUGAUUUACUAGAUAUUAUUUACCUCACAUAAUAACCUCUUGUACUGAACUGUUUACAUACCAUGGGCCAAAUCACCAGAUGAUUUUGCUUCACCAGAGCUUCAGGCAGUUCACUCCAUCUGAAUAUCUGCCUGCAUCCCCCUCUAUAGACUGUGUCCUGUCCUCUAAAGUCCUCAACCUGUUUUGAUCACUAAGGUGCCAAUUCCAUAAGUGUUUCUACACAAGAAAAUUGUCUGUUCCUAGAGCGCCUCUGCCUCUGAAGGGAUUCCCCAGGGUCUCCUCACAUGGACUGGUUGGCAAAAUGAAGACCUACAAUCAAUUUCCCAUGGGAAGCGCCACAGGAUAAAUCAUACAUGACUCCCAAGUGCAAAACUGAUUUGGAGCUGAGGAUUCUGAAUGGCAUUUUGUGAGCUUAGUUUAGACUUACCUCCAGUAUAGAUGUGUACAUCUUUAAUAUUAAUAUUUGUAUAAAUAUAGACAUGGGAUGGAUGAGUGUGCAUCUAUGUAAGUACAUACUUUUAAUGAAUCAGUCAUGCCAGUCUCCUGAUGCCCAUGUGCCUCUAUAUAAAAGAAAAGAAAUAUUUAAAGGCACUGAAUCUCAUUUAGCCUGAAUGUUGUUGAUCUCUAAGAACUAGAACUGGUGUGUGGGAUGCAUUUUAUAAAAGAUAAGAAAUUCAUGGAAGCUUCCAGCAAAGGGUUAUUUUAGAAAACUCUGUUGAAUUUUCACUGUCUUAAGUAUAUUUGGUUCUUCUCUAUCAUACCUCCCUAAGGUAUGAAGGACAGAGAAAGGAGGCUACACAAGCAUACCUUCCCAUGUUGGGACAGAGGAACUCGUGCCAUAAUUCCAAUUUCUGUCACUUGCAAAGCAUCUGUUUCAAAGACAACAUAGCAAGCUGUAUGAAGCACUCUUCAAAGCUCUCCUAGAAGCUGUACAAAUGACACAUAACCUUGCUUUGCUAUUUUGACAAUCCUUAUCCAGAUCACCAAUGAAGCUGCAUUCUCUGUGCCUUUGAAAGAGUAUUUUAAGAGGCCCAAAGUCAAUAGUUGCUAUAAAUGUCAGUUACCAGAAGCCUUGGGAUUCCUGCAUUGGUGGCAUGCUCCUAAAUUUGAAACUAGAUUCAAUGUAAUGUCAGAGCAUGAGCAUUUUCAGCAUAGAUGGACCAUGCUGCUGCAGAAGUGAAUAUCUGAGUGCAAGAUUAUCUCCCACGUCCAGCCAAAAGGGGGCUAUGUCCAGCCUUGACAUGCCAUUCUAUUUGCAGGGGCUGUCUAUUCGUGAUGAAUUUGAGCCUUCUGACAUGCAUGAGAGACACUGUCAGGGCCAGAUCCUCAGCUGGAGUAAAUCAGUCCAGGAAAACUAUCAGUUUAUAGCUACAGAAGAUUUGGCCCAAAGGACAUACCCACAAGGAUGUACCCACCACCACCAUUCCCAAGAAACUGUCAAUGCAAUUGUUUUGUGAACAAGAUACACUUUUCCAGCAUCUCUAAUGUGACUUAUACUUGGAUUUAUCUGGUUCAAAUGUAAGUGAUGAUCACAAUGUAAAUGAAGAGAAAAAAAGAGUGGAAUCCUACUCACAGUACAGGAAUGGGAUACUUUGGAGGAUGCUUUGGAAGGAAAGGAGUUGAAAGGAAUUGCUCUUUAUUUUCUGGUCUUGCAGUAUUUCAGAAAGAAGCCAAGAUGACACACUUUGUUCACCCACAACCUGUGCCGCAGUUCGCUUUGGAGAAAUGUGCAUUUGAAGUGAAAAAUCAGGAUGUUUUGAGUGGGGAGAGAGUGGGUCAAAGAAAAGUUUGGAGGAUAUCAGAGUCCCUAGAAGUACAGAGAGCUGUGCAACAUUAGCUGGCAACCUGUAUCCUGGGGUAAUAUUCCUAAUUGUCUUUGAAAUGAAGUUUGAAGAAGUAUGGAAGAGUCCAGGGAUGUAGAAGGAAAUAGAGUUCAAAUGCUGGCGCACAAAUUUGUUUCUGAUCACAGCUUAAUCCAGCAUCCUUGUGACAGGAUGAAGUCUGUUCCCUCUUAAACCAGGGCAGCCUAGAGAAAAUGACUGUUGCCAGGACUGGUAAGCAUUGGGAGAGCUGGCACAAAAGGCGGGAAUCAGACUCACUGGCUCCAUUUUGCACACACUGGUCAAGCGAGGACAACCUGUAGACCAGGUCACAAGGAGUCAGGACAAGAGGGAAACAGCCUCAAGCUGUGCCAGGGGAGGUUCAGGUUGGACAUCAGGAAGAAUUUCUUCACUGAAGGGGUGGUCAGGCAUUGGAACAGGCUGCCCAGAGAAGUGGUGGAGUCACCAUCCCUGGAAGUGUCCAGGAUAUUACUGGAUGUGGCUCUGGUCUGGUUGACAAGGUGGGGAUUUGUCAAAGGUUGGACUUGAUGAUCUUGGAGGUGUUUUCCAACCUCAGUCAUUCUGUGUAUCUAUAAAUCUGUUAUUCACAGCCUGAGACUGCUCUUAGGAACUGCAGACCCUUUUGGAUGCAGUUUUGGUGGGCAUUUGGAGAGCCCCAUCAGUCACUCUGCUGAGUUACUCUUUACAUCACUGUUUUUAUCCUCAUUACACCCCAAUGCCAGCCAGAUCAACAUGGAAAUCACAGCUGAAAUCAAAGAAGGGUAUGUGACUAUAUAAAGAAAACUCAUGAAACUAAAGGAAUUUCCCACAUCAGGGCCAAAUUAGGAACUUCAAAACAUAUCUCAAGUGUGCAUUAACAGGGGUCAUGCCAUGGGCUGAGCUUUGAAAACAUUGCUGUGACUGCUCCACACCAGCCUGGCAUGCCCACAUUUUGCACAUGGGAUUCUUCUGUGGAGUUAAUGCCUAUAUUUACAGUUUCUCCUUCCUCAGGCAAGCCCCAUAACAUUCUAAGACUUAAUUCACCCUGUUAGAAAGCAGAUUUGGCUGGAACUGAAUCAUGUUCUUAAAUAAAUGUAUUUUUCCCAGACAUGCAGAGACACAGAUAUACACACAGUGGAAAAGCAGAGUAAUAUUUGUAUACCUCACUAUUUCAAUUCCAAGAUUUUAUUUUGCACAGUAAAAUGGUGCCAAAGUUCUCAGAUUGCUUUUUUUUCACUAAAAUAUACCUCAUGUUCUGA